UUGUGAUCACAUCGAAAGCGGAAUGCGAUACUUUAUAGUACUUUUAUUUUUCGGAAUAGCCUGGCAAUGUAGUUUCGCAGCAGUACUGCCGAUUAAGCCUGAUUCCCCGUCAUUAUCAGUUUCCGAAAAAGAAGAGAAUGUUCAAUUGGAUAAUGUUUUGGGACCAAAUCUAUCAGAGGAAACUAAAACUAUUCCACUUCUAGCCCAUUUGGCUUCAUUGAGAACAAAUGAAGAGCCUUCGGUCAAAGAAAAUACUGAGAUGUUUGGCAAUGAAGACCAGCCUAAGACCGAAUCUCCGCCAUUAUCAAAUUUUGAAAAAGUAGAGCCACUUGAAUGGACUUUUCAUAGAGGACCUCCUCUAUCAGAGGAAACUAUAAAUAUACUAAGGGAGUUGCAUAAAAUGAGUAUUGAGAAAAAGGAAGUUCAAGUAUCGAUUCCCCAAUUUACUCAAAAGACUGAGCUAUCUCCACGAUUUUGGUUCUUCUUGGUCAAAUUGAUACUUGUUAUAUUAUUUUUGACUUGUUGGCUUAUCAGCAAAUAUGAUUCGUAAAUGCUGUGGACAAAAUAAAAAUUAAUUUCGAUUACUGCUUGAAUUCUACUUUGCCACUUUUUUUAGAUUACCUUCAGAUUACAGAUUUUAAGAAUUUUUGAAAUAUGGUAAAAUGUGCUAUUUAAAAAAAAA